GGCUAAAGCACUUCUCUUACUAGAAAAUAUCUGCCAUGCCUGGCUGCAGUUACAAUGAUAGAAGACUGUUUUAACUGUCCAUUAAAUGCAAGUAUAUUUAAAUUUGAGCCAAUCAAAUCUCUGAUGUUGACAGUAGUUUCAUUCUUAAGGAUGAUUUCGAUUGCGCAGAAUCAAUAACUUCUAAUAAUUUUAUAAAAUCUGAAAUGGUUAACGGUAUGUGAAGCAACUGCGAAAAUAUAAUUCUAUACUUUCGUCUACAUUGUGAUAACUUAUCGCAUUGUCAAAGAUUUUGCCUCGUUAAAAGAACUGGUAUUCAUCCAUAAUUAAUAAGGUCUUCUUUUGUCUCCAAGCAUUGAUCUUGCUAAAAGAUUACUAACUUUACUUUAAAAUCAACUGGUUAUGCAAAAAAACCUUUAGCGUAAAUGUAAUAGCAAGAAUUUAACAUCUCUUAGGAAAAAACCGCGCAACAUGCUUUUUCAUUCGAAGGAUGGAAUUUUACGUAUCUUAUUGGUUUUCAUUCACACUGCAGAAAUGAUUUUUGCCACAGUACAGACAAAUGCAUAUCAAAGACAAUAUAAUUAUAACGAAACAAACAACAAUAAUCCAGUCAAUUGCAUGGAUCAUCCACUUAGGUCGGACACAUGCGCACUAGCUAGCAAACGUUGUCAUUGUGAUGAAAACCGUUAUGAAAUGUACGCGUACUGCAAACGCUCGUGUGGAUAUUGUGAAGUCGAUAAAAUGCCUCAACGUUUUUGGCGCAUAGUGAACUGGGCACCACUCAACCGAACUUGGUUCGUCAGCGAAAUUCAAUUUUCAAAAGUCAAAACGACGCCACCGCUGGCCACAACUGACCCUGAAGGCGCAAUAGCAAGUUCCACCUAUCUCUCUUUCCAGCCCCAAGCAUUUGACAAUAAAAGACAAACAGCGUGGUUACCAGAUGGCUGGUGGGAACGAAUUGCCGGUGGAGACUGGAUAGGGUACGAUUUUCUGGAACCUGUUGACAUCAACUCAGUCCGAAUCAUAUCAGACUAUAACGACACUUCAGACGUUUCCUCGAGAAUUUUAGUGGAAGCUGGCCCGACUGCAUUUGGACCGUUUCAAACAAAAUGGAUGGGUGUUAACUAUGCAAGAAAAUCAGAUAUGAGAUUUAAUAACCCAAAGUGUCCGUUGUUCUGGAAACGCUUUAUGACCGACCGAUAUGCAUAUUGUUAUCAACUUGUGACGGAGUACCUUAGUUGGUCUCAGGCAAGAGACAAAUGUGUAACACUUGGCGGUGAUCUCGUCAGUAUCAACUCGCACGAGGAGCAGGCUUUCGUACAAGAGGAAUUGCUUACUUGUGGACAUACAUGGUUAGGAAUGAACGAUCGCGAAAAGGAGGGUGAUUUUGGAUGGAGCGAUGGAAACAAAGGAACGUUCUUUUAUUGGGCGAGCGAUCAUAUGUCUGAUGAUCGCAUGGACGAAAACGAAGACUGCGUGGUUAUGCAGAUGAAUGGACAAUGGAGAACGUUUCAUUGUGAAAACAGAUUUUAUUUCUUUUGCAAGAAAAGAAUUUUAACGGAUGCUGAUCAAGGAGUACCGCCAAUCACAGGGCAGAUUCCAAUCAAUCAGACUCCUCCACCUACUGAAUAUCCACAAGGAGUUACAAGACCCCCACCACCUAAAGGACCCCCACUACCCCUGGGAACCCCUCCACCUCCAGGACCCUCGCUACCCCUGGGAGCCCCUAUACCUCCAGGACCCCCGUCACCUCUUCCACCAGCACCGUAUCCUUAUCCUUAUCCUACACAGUACCCAUAUAACCCAGGAUCAAGUAUCUCAACAACACCAGUCCCAGAGGUGACACCAGCUCCAUUACCAAAUGUGUCUCAGGUAACAACACCAGCUGCAAUUACACCAUCUGUUGCGGCAUCUCCCCUUCCUGGAACGCCUGCACCUGUUGUUGAACCACAGACAACCCAGCCUACAACUCAAGCGGCACCUCUUUCAAUUGUGUUGACAUUAAUACCGGCGCUUACGAGACCACGAUCAACAGCUGCGCCUGCCCCAGAACCUGUAAUCAAGCCAGCUGCACACUCAAAGAAACAAAAGCACCACAAUAAGAUGUCAAAAUCAUCAAAGCACAAGCAUUUCGUUCAAAAAACUCACGGUGCCAUCAAAUUUAAGCGAAAAAAGAACAGAGGAGUCGCCAACCAUAACAAAAGGAUCAAAAAAGUUCUAGCAAUUGGCAAACACGAUAAUGAUGAAGAUGAUAAAGAUAUGGAAGACAAUUUCUUGAACAUGUUGGCAAGAUCGCGUAAACCGAAACCAAAUAUUCCUGAAAAAGGUUUACAAACGGACAUUGAAGAUGAGAAAGACGUACAGAAAUCUGAAGAACAGCUACUAGGAAAAAGACGAACUGUCCACGAGGUAAAGAGCUCUACAUAGUAAUAGAAUUGAGCUACUCGGACAUUCUAGUAUGAAAUAUGCAAAAUUUGUGGACGAUGUCGCGAAGUUAAUCUUAAAUAGGUGUGCAAUAUCGGUGAAACGAUUGUGAAUUUCUUCGAAAAAAGCUUUUUUCGAAACAUUUAUAUUAGUGAAAGUUGAUAAAAUACGAGAGCCAACAAGUUUGUAUAAAGGGACAAGACAUUCUCCUUAAUCUUCCAAGUCUCUUGGAAUAUAAUUCAAUAAGAUUGUAUGCUUGAUAAUUUGUUACAUUGAGUGAUCUGACUUAAACAGUAAAAUUAAAAUGCUUGAUAAUUUGUUACAUUGAGUGAUCUGACUUAAACAAUAAAUUAAAAUAUUUUCCGUGUUCUUGCGGUAGUUGCCUAAUGUGUUCCGUAAUGUAUAGUAACUAUAUAAUGAUGAUGAGUACAAUAAAGCUGAAACAUAUUUUUGUUU